AUGACAGACUUAGAAGAAGUGAAGACAAAUUUCUACAAAGAUCUUCAAACCUUCAUUACCGACGCUUCAGAGGCGGACAAUCUCAUCGUGUUAGGUGAAUUCAACGCAAGAGGUUACACUGAACACAUUGAGAGAGAGUUCUUGCACCAGCUAUCGUCUCCUUUGCUCCAGACAUUCACUGAACAUGGGAAAUCCUUCCAUAAGCAAAACACUUACCUGUUCUCCAUCUAUGUCGACAUGACAGAAUCUUUUGACACUGUAAGCAGAGACGGAAUCGAAGCUACCAGGCUAACUCCGAUCUACUCAUCUUCGAAACAGUUGAAUACUAAUGAGUUAUUGCCAUACUGGGAGUACAUGUUUAUUUGGAGUUUAUUGUUGCGUAAACACGACAUUGCGAAAAUACUCUGGACCAAAACGGAGCAUCCGCUCUUCAUGUCCCUCAUUGCAUGCAAUUUAUGCAAGGCGGUGAAGAAGGAAACAAACGAUAAAGUUCUAAUUGUCGAAAUGGAAAACAUUAUGAGCGAGUGGUCUACUGUGGCUAUAGAUUAUCUUAACACAUUCUACCAGACAUAUGGUGAAGCCACAUACCUCCAGCUGACAAUCACCAUGGAUUUUUGGUAUUCAAAAUCAUGCCUAGAUUUGGCUGUUGAAUCGAGCAACAUGGAGUUCCUGGCCCAACACGCCUGUCGCAAUCUAGUUGGAGAUGUCUGGAAUGGGCAACGUUUUGAUGACGCGUUAAACAAGUUAAACGGGUCAUUGUCAGACACAAAAAGGAUCGAGUUCUUCUUGAACAAAAUGAAGGCUCCAAAAACGAAAUUCGCGUACACUGUGAUCUCGUAUUUGGUGUUUCUGAGCCUGUUCGCGUACGUGCUGUUGUUUGAUCUAAAGAAAACCGUAUCGACACAGGAAUUCGUGUUAAUAGCAUGGGUACUGACCAUAUUGGUUGAAGAAACUAGACAGGGCAAUGCAGCUUAA